GAACGUGAAUGCGACAGGUUUGCCUCUCCUGCGCCUGCUUCACGUACUCGAUAGCUACCAUAGCUAGUGUUACUAACCAUUCUUGCCCCGCGAACUUCGCGAGACACUACAGCGACUUCAGUAACACGAACCCUCUGAAAAUUUCCGCGCCCUACAUUUAUUCCGCGGCCCAAAAGAACGCAGUUUCGUUUCGUAUCCGUCUCUGUAAUGGCUAGACAUCCGGCGGUCGCGAGAUAUGCGCCUUUCCUUCGCCGACCACCAUGCACCGCUGCGCGGCUCUCCGCUCAAACGCGGAGUUUCCGCGCCCUUGCCCUGCUCGCGCUGUUCCUCGCCGGGGCGGCGUGCCCCCCCGCGGCAUCUGCUGGCGGAAACUGCACCGCCGGGUUGCGUGGGCGAGCGCGGGCUGCUGCGGCAAAUAGCGCAAUCGGCGCAGCCUCAACAGGUGCACAUAUCACUGGCGGGUGCGGGACGAGUGCUGGUGUGGUGGGUGACGGCCAGCAGCACGGCUCCUGCUACGGUGGCGUAUGGGGAGAAACGCGGGCAGUACACCAAGGUUGCCUCAGGCGGUGUGACUCGUUAUAAGAUCAACAGUUACACGUCGGGCUACAUCCACAAGGUGCUGCUGGGGCAGCGCUGGAAGGACGGCCUCUUGAAGCCCGCCACCACCUACUACUACCGCGUGGGAGGGGCAGCAGGGGUUGGGCCUGAGAGGGCGUUCAAGACUCUUCCCCGUUGGACCCAAUCCAUCAACGUGGCAGUCAUGGCUGACAUGGACUCCACAACAGCAGCAGCCGCCACCGUCUCGCGCCUCUCCCGCACGCCACACUCCCUCCUGGUCUUCCCAGGGGACCUCUCCUACGCCAACGGCCACCAACCAGACUGGGACACGUGGCAGGCGCUCAUCCAGCCAGCGGCGUCCCUGCGGCCGUGGAUGAUGGCUCCUGGGAACCACGAGGACGAGGCUGACGAGGGGGCGCCGAGCCUCAACCCCUUCAAGGCGUACAACGCGCGCUGGCCCAUGCCAAGCACAGCUAGUGGGUCGCCCUCCAACCUGUUCUACUCGUUUGACAGCAGCAGCAUCCACUGGGUCAUGCUGUCGUGCUACUCGGACUACUCCCAGGGAUCUGCCCAGUAUAAUUGGCUUCAGGCCGAUCUAGCCAAGGUCAACCGCACGGUCACCCCCUGGCUGAUAGCCGCAUUCCACGAGCCGUGGUACCACAGCAACAAGGAUCACCAGGGCAGCGGGGACGACAUGCGGAUGGAGCUGGAGCUGAUCCUGUAUGCCGCUAAGACUGAUUUGGUGGUGUGCGGCCAUGUGCACGCCUAUGAGAGGACGCUGCCUCUCUUCAACAACGCCCAGGACCCCUGUGGCAUGGUGCACCUCACUGUUGGCACAGCAGGGGCUGAUCUCUAUACAAGUUUCCUCUCCCCUCAGCCCGCCUGGUCUGCCUUCCGCCAGGCAGCCUAUGGGUUUGGGGUGCUGGGGGUGGGAGGGGGGAGCAGCAGGGGCGAGGCGGUGUGGAGGUGGAGGAGGAACAGCGAUGCAGCAGGGGUGGUGGCAGAUGAAGUCAAAUUGAUUUCACAUGCUAGCAGCAAGGCACCUUCACAGUGCAGGGUGUAAAUCAGGUGCCACAUGAUAUCAGAAUUGAGUCACUAACACUGAGUUAAAAGGGCUUGUUAAGAAGCGGGUUAGUGCGCCCAUAACCCCCCAGGCUCUGCACCUCUAAACCUUCCCGGAGGACUAAGAGCGUGUUCCUACCAGCCUCUUCCCAAGCAAUCUCUUCUCAGACUCGCGUGCUACAGUGUCGCAAAUUUUGUCGCGAAAUGUUUCAGUGCAGUUCCGCGAAGUGCGAAGUGAGAUCAGGGCCCAAAUUAGCCACAUGAAAUGCCCUGAUUGCCCUGAUUUUUCAGGGCAUUUUUUCAUUUGGUCUAAAAAAUCAGACUUACGAAAUUUAUUACCCUG